UUGACAUGGUUGAUGGUAGACUCACAGCCAAAUCAAAAACGGACGUUAUGUUUUGUGUCGCUGCUUACUUGUCAUUCUACUGACAAAAAGGAAACGAAAAUUUGGUGAACCUUCCUCAAGGUCGUUAACUUGCUAUCGAGUUAGAGAGUGAAAUGAUGUUGAACGUAUGUGAAGAUGAAGAGAAAUGGCUGGCCGAAGGGAUCGCUAGCGUUCAACAUAACGCCUUUUACAUGCAUCGCGCUUUGGACUCCAACAAUCUCAGAGAAGCUCUUAAAUAUUCAGCUCAGAUGCUCUCGGAACUUCGGACUUCCAAACUUUCUCCUCACAAAUACUACGAACUCUAUAUGCGAGCUUUCGAUGAAUUGAGGAAGCUGGAGAUGUUUUUCAAAGAUGAAAGCAGGCAUGGUGUAUCAAUUGUUGAUCUGUAUGAGCUUGUUCAACACGCUGGCAAUAUACUGCCCAGACUGUAUCUCCUGUGUACUGUUGGGUCUGUGUACAUUAAAUCUAAUGAGGCUCCUGCCAAGGAUGUCCUAAAAGAUCUUGUGGAAAUGUGUCGGGGUGUUCAACAUCCAAUUCGUGGUCUCUUUUUGAGGAGUUACCUUGCUCAAGUCAGCAGAGAUAAAUUACCUGAUAUUGGUUCUGAGUAUGAAGGAGAUGCUGACACUGUGACGGAUGCUGUAGAAUUUGUGCUACAGAAUUUCACUGAGAUGAAUAAACUUUGGGUUCGAAUGCAGCAUCAGGGACCUGGUCGAGUGAGGGAGAAGCGGGAGAAGGAAAGGAGCGAACUUCGUGAUCUUGUAGGGAAAAAUCUUCAUGUUCUGAGUCAGAUUGAAGGUGUGGACCUUGAGAUGUACAAAGACAAUGUUCUUCCCAGAGUCUUAGAACAGGUUGUGAACUGUAAAGAUGAACUUGCUCAAUAUUAUCUGAUGGAUUGCAUAAUCCAGGUCUUCCCUGACGAGUACCACUUGCAGACCCUUGAGACACUGUUGGGUGCUUGCCCUCAGCUUCAGCCAACAGUUGACAUCAAGACAGUGCUAUCUCGACUAAUGGAUAGGUUGUCAAAUUAUGCUGCUUCAAGUACAAUGUGAGUGUUACCUGAGUUUCUGCAAGUAGGUUUUGCUAAGUUGAGCAAUGCCAUUGGCAAGGUGAUAGAAGCACAGGUUGACAUGCUAUUCUUGAGCUGUAACUUGUAUGUCUCUCUUCUUACAUUUACGCUUCGUGUUCCUGAUCGGCUUGAUUAUGUUGACCAAGUGGCUGAGUAUGGAGCAUGUGUUAAGAAGCUAUCCAGCAUACCAAAGCUUGAAGACAGCAGAGCGACGAAACAACAUUUAAGUGCUCCACUGGAAAAAUACAAUGAUAUUGUUUCUACAUUGACUCUUUCUAAUUAUCCCAGAGUUAUGGACCACCUUGAUAAUGGAACAAACAAAGUCAUGGCAAUGGUUAUUAUUCAGAGCAUUAUGAAAAAUAGCACUUGCAUCUCAACUGAUGAGAAGGUUGAGGUGCUGUUCGAAUUAAUAAAAGGGCUCAUUAAAGACGUUGAUGAAACUGCAGAGGAUGAGUUGCAUGAGGAGGAUUUCAAGGAGGAACAUAAUUCUGUUGCUUGCCUCAUACACAUGCUUUAUAAUGAUGACUCGGAGGAAAUGUUAAAGAUUAUAUGCACUGUGAGGAAACAUAUCAUGACUGGGGGACCAAAACGACUACCAUUUACAGUUCCUCCUCCUGUGUUCUCUGCACUUAGGGUAACUUUCUUUCAUUACUUGAUUGUCACAAUACUAUUUCAUUGUAUCUUUAGAAAAUCUGAAUAUGGGAUAUUCAUUUUUGCAAAUUAUAGGAUAUUGAUUCAGGAGGCUUUAGGUUUUUCUGCUGGAACUGUUAUCAUAGUAUGUUCUGUUAUCAUAGUUGUGAAAAUGCAAGAGUACUUUUUAGGUAAAGAACAAUUUGGAAUAGAAAAUGUUAAUUUUCCAANAGAAGAAGAACCCGCAACACCAAAAAAAAUAUUUCAGAUCUUGAGUCAGACUAUUGAGGCUCUUUCUUCUGUUCCAUCUCCUGAACUGGCAUUGAGAUUGUACUUGCAAUGUGCUGAGGCUGCUGGCGACUGUGAUCUUGAGGCUGCUGCCUAUGAAUUUUUCACUCAGGCAUUUAUAUUAUAUGAAGAAGAAAUUGCGGACUCCAAAGCCCAGGUCACUGCGAUACAUCUGAUAAUUGGAUCUCUUCAGAGGAUGAAUGUCUUUGGUGUUGAGAAUCGGGACACUCUGACGCACAAGGCUACGGGGUAUUCAGCAAGGUUAUUAAAGAAGCCUGAUCAAUGUAGAGCAGUUUAUGCAUGUUCACAUCUCUUUUGGGUUGAUGAUCAAGAUGGCCUUAAAGACGGAGAAAGGGUCCUGCUUUGCCUAAAGCGUGCCUUGAGGAUUGCAAAUGCUGCUCAACAAAUGGCCAAUGUUGCACGUGGUAGCAGUGGGCCUGUCAUACUCUUUGUUGAAAUACUGAACAAGUAUCUGUACUUUUUCGAGAAAGGAAAUUCACAGAUCACAAGUGCAGCAAUCCAAAGCCUGGUUGAAUUGAUCCGUACUGAAAUGCAAAGUGACUCAACUCCAGAUCCAGCUGCAAAUGCUUUCUUUUCCAGUACAUUGCGGUAUAUUGAAUUCCAGAAGCAUAAAGGUGGUAUAAUGGGUGAGAAAUAUGAUUCCAUCAAGGUGUGAUUGACUAGAACAUGCUAAAGCUGAUCUCAACAAAGUAAAUCCGAACUCCCUAAAAUGCUUUCUUGAUUCUUCUGUUAAAUGUUUCCAUUGUCACUGUUGCUUUCAGGACUAUAUAACUUAAAAACAAAUGAAACUAAAACGUGACAACUUUUUAAUUCUGCAACUUGAUCCAUGUAAAACCUUUUCUUUGGUGCUACAUCAUGGUGUUUGCUCUCUACCAAGGAUGGGAUAAAGUACUUUAAAUUUCUUUCUUUUUUCAUAUUGACAAAGGGUUUAAAGUUUGUAAAUGUGUGGACACAUAUUCAUAAUCAGCUUUAUUGCGAUGAUGUUUCAGGACCUCGUGUACGUGUAUAGUCUCAGUGGGAUUUUGUAUUGAUCUUUUAA